AUAGUGACACUGACACUUUAUUUGACCGACUUAAACUCACAGUUGCCCACCAAACGUGCUCCACUCUAAAAUCCAACUGUAUUAUAUUAUUUUAAUUACUUAAAUUAGCUUGCCCACCGCGCUUACUUGCACACCACUUGUCACGCAACUUCCCCUCAAAUUCUAACCUCCUUAUAAACCCACAUCAACACACACACUUUUCACUCAUCACAAACAAUAACUCAAAAAAUUCAAUAUACCCAAAACAUGGCUCUAGAAGCUCUUAACUCACCCACAACCACUACCCCAAAAUUCACAUUCAAUGAACCAACUCUUCGUUACCCUGAAGAACCAUGGACAAAACGAAAGCGUUCAAAGCGUUCAUCACGUUCAUGCACCGAAGAAGAGUAUCUCGCUCUCUGUCUCAUCAUGCUCGCUCGCGGCAACACAAACCGCCACGAUUUUUACUCAUUACCGGCAACCGGUUCCUCCGGUGACACAACCAAACUCAGUUACAAAUGUUCCGUUUGUAACAAAGAGUUUCCUUCUUAUCAAGCACUUGGUGGACACAAAGCAAGUCACCGGAAACACACCACCGUCGGCGACGACCAAUCAACUUCGUCGGCAGCCACCACUAGCUCCGCUAACACUGCCGUGGGAAGCGGUGGUGUUAGAUCUCAUGAGUGUUCGAUUUGUCAUAAGUCGUUUCCGACGGGACAGGCUCUGGGUGGACACAAACGUUGUCACUACGAAGGCGGUCAUGGUGCGGCUGUAACUGUUUCUGAAGGUGUGGGAUCCACACAUACUGUCAGUCAUCGUGAUUUCGAUCUCAACAUCCCGGCUUUUCCGGAGGUUUUUAAUAAGGUCGGAGAAGACGAGGUUGAGAGUCCUCACCCUGUGGUGAUGAUGAAGAAGCCUCGUGUUUCUGUUUUACCCAAGAUUGAAAUUCCUCAUCAUCUUCAAUGAAUAAUUAGUUGAAUUAUAUAGAUUGUAGAUUUAGUGAAAUCUUCGAUAGUAAUGUUAAUUUUUUUGUUUUUUUAAUUAUUUGGAAAAUUUUGAGAAUUAUUUGAUUUUUUAUAUGGGGAUUGGGGGACUCUUGGACUCUGUUUUUUUGUUGUUGUGUGUGUUCUUUAGAUUGUACUUUAAUUUUGAUUUUGUUGGUGGAAAUUCAAUUCUAUUCAAUUUAUUUAUGGAAUUAUAUUUCUGUGAAAAUAUAUGAAUACUGAUUGGUGGUGA